AAACAUUCGAACCAAUGUUAUUUGAAUAAACACCCUGUCUUGUUGAUGUAAUGCAUCCAAAAAAAAAAGUAAUUAAAAAGAAUUUUCCUUUUUUUUUGUUUCCCCUUUUGCAUUUACUGCCUUAUCGCAGCAGGUGUCCAAUCGUGCCUCGGAUUAGACUUCCCUGGAUUCGGCUUAAAAGGGGUGAUCCUGUCAUAUGUGUGUGCCCCUUCGCUUACACAUGUACCCAGACAGAUACGCAGAUCCCCUUAUUCUCACAUCUUAACUUGAAAAAUGAAACAAAAUGGAGCGCUCUAACGUGAAGGCCCCGCCCCCUGAAAAGAAUAAAGUUCCCUCCGAGGAUUUGAAAAAGAAAGACGCAGGGAAAAAUGUGUUUGAAACCCUGCACAAUUUGUUCCUAGAAGAAAAGGAGAGUAACAAACGGAAGCAUGAAGAUUUGUCUGAACAUAUAGACAAAAUGAAGGCAUAUUUUGAUGAAAAAAUAAACUCCCUUAAGGAUAACACGCAUGAAAAUCUAGAGGAGCUAAAAUAUUAUCUGGACCAGUUAAACAGAAACAAUAAAGAUAAAGCAACGGACAACAACACCUUCAUGGACGAAUUCGAAGUUGUAAAAAAUGAUGUGAACAAAUUGAAGAAGGAGAAGGAGGAAAAUAUAAAUCUGAUCAAAACGAGCAUGCGGACUUACUUCGACAAAAUAAAGGGGAUGCUAAGCGUAAUGAACACAAACAUAGAAAGUCUUAAGGAGGAACUAUCGACUUAUAAGGAAAACAAUCAAAUAGACAGUAAAAAAAAAAACAUUGAAAUUUUGCAGCUGAUAAACGAAGAAAACGAGGCACUGAAUAAAAAGAUGGAGGAGUCGCUCAACUCGCUAAGCAGCGACAUGCGGGAAGCCAAAGAGCAGAUCAUCAACUUUAAGGAGCACAUGGAAAACCAAGUGAAGGACAUAAAAAACGAGACAGAUACGAAUAAAAGGGAAAUGGACGAAAAGACUAACGAACUGACUACCAAUCAGAAGAAACUGCUGAGCGAUUUUUAUCCUUCCGAAAUGGGAUAG